UUAGGGAGCUUGACAAAUCAAGAUGGCGUCCCACGCCGAAGCAGGAAAGAGAUUUCAGAAUAAAUAAAACUCAUUCGGAACAGUUUAACUUUGAGUGCUAUCUCGACAAGACUUCGUCGCAUUUUGAAAGAACAAGACGGAGCAGAUACAGGUCUUUUUUCAGAGUCUCUAAAUGGCUGCGAGGAAGUCUGGAUCAGAUGCAUACAACAAUGGACCCAUCAGCUACCUUGAUGAUGUUCCCUUCAAAAUUAAUGAAAAAUUCCGCUGCCCAGCCAAAGUGGGGGUGCCUGUUGGCUUCUGCCUGCCUGACUGUGGCUCUUUGCUUCUGGACACACAGUAUGACUUUUCUUUGGAGAGGCGAAGUGUGCGUUGGGGGGUUGAACUGGCUGAGGCCAGAGCAGCAGAGGCCAGAGCAGAAGAGGCAGCAGCCAAGCAGGAGGCAGAGAAUAGAGAGUGUUUGGCUCAGGCCCAGGACAUUGAUGGUGGUGGAGGGAAGAUACCCCGGUCUGCUGCAGACGACCAGGACCUUCUACCACCAGCAUUGAACCCCGUCCUGGCAGGGCUGAGCCAUAAUGCCAUCCUCACACCACUGCCUGCCCCAAGCCUUGGCCCCAGGAAAACCCAGCCGAGCACUCCUCAGCCACACAGCCUCAACCUAGCUGACUUUGAGCGGGAAGAGGACCCAUUUGACAAGUUGGAGCUCAAAACUUUGGACGAUAAGGAGGAGCUCAGGAACAUCCUCCAGAGCCAGCCCCAACCUCAACCUCCUCCUUCUGUAUCCCCACCAGAGGUCUCCCAGAUGGGGUCAGUGUCACGUGGAAACAGCCCAUCUCCUCCCAGCAUCAACACCAGCCUCCCGGCCAAACCAGGCUUUACCCACAAACCCAAUGGGUUGGUUGCCUUGCUGGACAUGGACAGAGUUGGGCAUCCUGGGAGAGUGGGGUUUGACACGGAUGACCGACCAUGUAACAUCCGCUCUCUGACUUUUCCCAAGCUCUCUGACUCUGGUGACCCAGAGCCAGUGAAGUACUGCCCACUCCCUGCACCCAUCCCUGCUCCACGACAGAACCUACCCAAUGGCAGUCCGCCGGCAAUACCCAAGACCCAAGUUAUUGUUGCCCCUGAGCCACAACCACCCAGCCACACUAAGAGUGGCACACUGAAACUGGCCAACCCAGGGUCAGGAUCUGCUGGUUUGCCGUGUGGCGGAGCCCUGCUCAGCAUGACCCCCAGCGAACGUCAGUGUGUGGAAACCCUUGUAGGCAUGGGCUACUCUUACGAGGGUGUGCUACGGGCCAUGCAAAGACAAGGGCAGAACGUGGAGCAGGUACUGGAUUAUCUUAUUUUGUCUGGACGUCUGUGUGACCGGGGCUUCGAUGCAAGUGCAGUGGAAGAAUGUUUAGAGAUGUACCAAUGCUCAGAGGAAAAGGCUUUGCAGUUCCUUGAACUAAUGUCGAGAUUUGGUGAAAUGGGAUUUGAGCGGGAUGCCAUCAAAGAGGUGCUGCUGGUCCACAACAAUGAUCAGGACAAGGCUCUAGAGGACCUGAUGGCUCGUGCCGCAGCUAGCUGAGCCAAACUAGCCAGCCAACCAAAGCCCAGCCCAGGGCUUGCCUCCCGCUACCACCCAACACAGCAUCUUUCCUUCUGCCUACCCUGUCACACCAUGCCCUGUCCUUGCCUUGGCUGUGGAAGGGACAGCUGGGAGACAGUUGUAUUUCUCUCUGUGCUAAAACGUAUUGUGUCUCAGCACUUCUUAAAGACUGUGUGCCUAGAGUGGAGGGGGUCAAAGUGUAACAAUUCUUCGUGGCGGUGUUUUCUUUUUUUUUUUUUAAGAAAUCCUGGGGGUGUGCUCCAGGAUUUGACACUGAUAGGUUUUCAAGAAUGCAACAAAUGACGGAGCUGGGAUGGAGAAACUGGAAGAAUUGGGCUGUGGCAUUUUGAUGCCAUUCUGAUUUGCUUCCACUUGGAAGUCUUUAUCUGACUGCAGGCAAAGCUGCAGGACCGAAAGGGGAGAGACAGUGAGUGCAACACAGAAAAACCAGUUUGAACUCUUAAGACUCCCAACAAUUAAGCUGCCAUCUUCCACUGCUCAGUGCAGACCUAGUAAAUGGUGGAGGGGAUAGGGGGCCUUGUGGAGGCUAUCUUCAAACUGAACCUACUAACAUUAAAAGUAAGAAAGAAAAAAAAAAAAAAAGGCACAGUCACCAGACAGAGAACUGACUCUCAAGAAGUGCCCUCUCUGCUCUGGUGCCCUGCACCUAGCUCUGUUCAACUUAAUGCUUUCAUUUAUUCAUGUCUGUAUUUCUGUUCAUUUGAGCACUUUUUCAUCUCAGUUUAAAGAUUCCAUUUCUUUGCUUUCUGUUUUAGGAACUGCAUAAUAGAUCCUUAGUCAUUAUAACUCAGAACAUAAGAGAUACUACUGCCCCAGUAUGUUCUUUGACCUGCACUGGAAUGGCCUGUUGAAGGAGUGGGGAGAGAUGGGGAAAGUUCCUCUGUAGGAAAUAUUAAGAAAUAUCCCACAACCCACUGGCACUGAGGUGUCGCAUACUGCACAGGCGCACACACAUUUCAUAAUUAUCGACUUAUUUAAAAUAGUACACUGACACUUUCAUUUAAAAAUAAAGAGUUUGAUAUGAUAAUGUAAGAUAUGUUAACUUACAAAAGUGACACUUUUAACUGUCAUGGACUUUUGUUUGCAGACUGGAAAAGAGUGAGUGGUUUAAAAAGAAAAAGAUGUAAGUGAGGGUUGCUUUUGCAGCCUCAUCACAGUGCAAUAGAGAUAUUUCAUAUUUGUGACUGAUGACUGGUAUUUUGAGCCUCAAGUUAUUGUUGGGAGAUAAAGAAAGGUUGUCAAGCCUUGCUUGAAAUUUGGAUGUAAUUAGAAAAGGUUUGAUUUCAGUGAUUUCUAUCAUUUAUUCUGUUAUUGGAUUUCAUGCCACAAAAUCUCAUCAAACAUGACUCUGAUUUGUUGACUUGUCCACUUUUUUUUUCUCGUGUAUUAUGAAAUGAGAGUUCAUCUUGAUUUUAGGUUUGUUGGCAUCUCCACAGUCUUAAAUGUAAAAGUAAAAAAAAAGGUUCAGUCACCACAUGCCAAAAAAUGUUGAUUAGGUAUCAUUGUUUAAAAGAAGGCCAGCAUCCUUUAUUUUCAUAGUAUGUGUUAAUGGACCUCCUGAGUUUCAUGCUACAUAUGUUUAAAAAGCAUGGCUGCUCAGAUGCACCGAGGGCAAAGAUGGCAGAAAUAUCCAUAAUGUUGAGCUCUAUAGUACUGAUGGGGAUUAUGAGAGGCAUGGUAACAGAUUAAGGGCUUAAAGUUAGCAAAAAGUGACUCGGAGAACUGGCACUUAGCUUGAGCGAGGUCCAAUACUUUGUCCCGUGUUCCACAGAUGCAAGUAGAACAUUUCUAGCUACCAAUCUAUUUUAGAACAACCUUUGAGUUUGACAAAUUUAUUUAUUGUGCCGUUUAUUGUCAAAACAGACGUAAUUUUACUUGAUUUAGUAUCUGUACUUCAGCCAAUGUCGAAGUCUGGUAUGUGGUUGACAUUAAGAAGUCAACGGGUUCUGUUUUUUAAUAGCCUUCCAUCUUGAUUUACUGUGAUGAAGAUGAACAGCACUCUUACCUUACAGACAAACACAUAAGUGGUAUUAUUGUCUCCAUACAUAACUCAAGUGUGGUUUUGUUAAUCAUACAUAAAGCAAGCUGAUGUCCACUUGCCUCUCCUCUUACAGCCACAAAAGCUUGGCUGAAUACAGUAUAACAGGUUCUGGACCUUCUCCAUCAAUGCCUCCUUCCAUUUCUGUUGUGAUCUUUUAGUUAUGCAGGGAUGAAAUGCAGCUAGGUUAUCAUUAUUUAAGGGAUCGAGUUUAAGGGUUUAUAUAUCAGAUCCACUUUUACGUCACCACUUUAUAGAACAUGGGGCUCUAAUGAAUCUAAUGAACAUUGAUCUUAAUGGUAUACUAGAAGGAGGGUGAGCUGAGUGUUCUUUCCCAGGCUCCUACAAUGUGAUUUACAAAAUGUUCAAUUUCCUCUUGAAUGAGCUGGAAAAUCCACAUGAUUAAAUGUGCACAUCUUUUUAGUGGUGAGACUUGGUUGUUGCUGGUGAUGCUUUCUGAGUUUAAUUUGAUAAUGGUUAUUUUUUUCCAACUAUGGUCAUGACAGAUUAAAUGUGUUACAUGAAGGUGGUGAGGAAAUACAA